GGCGGGGGAACUCGGCACGUGACUCUUCUCUCGCGUGACAACCCAGUGCCUGGGCACGACUCUCCCCACGCCAACUCCAGCAACCACCUCCACAUAGUGACCACUGUUACCAGUAUCGUCCUUAAGUGAAUUGUCCACAAUCCACGACCAGCCCAUACUCGUACGCCUGAACGUCCAGUCCAUCUGCAGUUUUCUCCGCAUUUGCUCUGUCAACUAUCUUUCAACACCAUUAGCCUCCUCAUCUGCUCCUACCAGCACAUCCUACACGCCCAGUUCAUCGUGGGCACUUGUUGAUAGCCCAAUCACUUCUCAGCCGUCAUGCCAGUCUAUUCCAUCUCCCACGUCGAAAACGUACGGGUCUGUGUGGUAAUGGUCGGCCUUCCCGCCAGAGGAAAGUCAUUGAUAGCCCAAAAAAUUGUCAGAUACCUUUCAUGGCUUUCAAUCAACUCCAAAUGCUUCAAUGUUGGAUCGUACCGUCGUCAGAUCGUCAGCGACACCCAAGUGACCGCAGAAUUGUUUGAUCCAUCCAACGAAGAAGGUAUGAAGUACCGUCAAGAAGCUGUCAACGCAGCCACCGUCGAUAUGAUGAAGUGGUUUCUGGAAGAAAAUGGGGUGGUCGGAAUCUUGGAUGCCACCAACUCCACCCGUGAACGUAGAGACCGGAUCUUGAAGUUAUGUCGGGAAAACCUGAUUGAACCAAUGUUCUUGGAAAGUUUCUGUUCUGACCAGGACUUGAUAUUGCAAAACAUCCUUGAUGUCAAAACCACCUCCCCUGAUUACGCUAAUAGAGAUAAUGAUUUCGCUACCAAUGACUUUUUGCAGAGAAUUAAGUACUACGAAGAAGUGUACGAGACCAUGGAUGAAAAUACUGAUUCUGACCUUACUUUUAUCAAGCUCAUCAACGUCAAUAGUCAGAUCAUUUUGAACAGAAUCGAAAGUUACUUAGAAAGUCGUAUUGUUUACUACGUGAUGAACCUUCAUAUCAAACCAAGAUCCAUUUGGUUGUCUAGGCAUGGUGAAUCUGAAUUCAAUUUGACUGGCCAAAUUGGUGGUGACGCAAAUCUUUCCGAAAGAGGUUGGAGAUACGCUAAAAAAUUGCCAGAGCUAGUAUUAAAAUCAUUGGGUGAAGAAAACAAGCAUACAAAUUUGACUGUGUGGACCUCCACCUUGAAAAGAACACAACAAACCGCUUCGUUCUUGCCAUACAAGAAAAAGCUCCAAUGGAAAGCAUUGGACGAGUUGGAUGCUGGUGAGUGUGACGGUAUGACCUACGAACAAAUUGAACAAGAAUUCCCUGAAGACUUCAAGGCUAGAGAUGAUGAUAAGUACGAAUAUAGAUACAAGGGAGGUGAGUCUUACCGUGAUAUUGUCAUAAGAUUGGAACCAAUUAUCAUGGAAUUAGAAAGACAGGAAAACAUCUUAAUUAUCACCCAUCAAGCCGUUUUAAGAUGUUUGUAUGCAUACUUCAUGAACGUUCCUCAAGAAGAAAGUCCAUGGAUGUCCAUUCCAUUACACACUUUAAUCAAGUUAGAGCCAAGAGCAUAUCUGACCUUAGUUAGCAGAAUUAAGGCCGACAUUCCUGCUGUCAGUACUUACAAGGAAAAGGGCACCUCUCAGUUGGGUGAAUUGAUGAAUGGAGACAGCAUUUCCAAGAGUAGAGAUCUCAUUAAAGAUAGUGAGGGAAGAGUUAUCUUGGAAAAUAAGUAGUUAGGAACUUUUCUUAAUAUUACAGGCUAUUAAAUUACAUAUGAACUAAAUGGUGGCGGUCUUGUUCUA